CUGGUUAAAAAGUCUAUGGACCUUUGAUUCGCAUCGUAUGCGAAUUCUAAAAUGAACAACAGAUUUUAAUCCAGCACACGAAAGUUCCAAUAUCCCAAUUUGGAUCUCCUUCGAAGGUCUUCCCAUUCACCGGUUCAACAAGGCAUUCUUGUGGAAAUUAGAUAGUAUCAUUGGAACUCCUCUUCAAGUUGACGUCCCAAUGCUCAACAUGUCAUGACUAUCUGUGGCACGAGUCUGUGUAGAAUUGGAUCUUCUUAAGGAGCAUCCUAUUCGAAUCAGACUGGAAGUUAAAGGGGUGACUUAUUUUUAAUCAUUAUUCUAUAAGAAUAUGCCCCAAUAUUGUGUUGAUUGUAAGAAGAUUGGCCACGAUCUUCAAUCCUGUCAACACAACACACGAGCAUCAUCAUCAAAAAAGAAAGAGUCGCAGCCUUCAAAACAGCAACAAAAACAGCAAGCACAAGGGAAGCAAUCGGCAGGCUUAAUCAAACCGGUGCCAAAAAAUGGGAGGAAAUCAACCUUCUAAUGACGCGCAAUCUCUGAAGGAAGUCAUUGAGGUCGACCCUAAUCUGACCCUUUCAACUGUCGCGCAGCCCCUGAAGAACUUGUCGCAAGAGGGUGUUGCUGAUGAAGCAGCGCAAAAUCUUGCUGAAGACGCCGCUGAUGAACGAGGCUCCGCUGAAAUUAUUGCUCACCAAUCAACAUCAUCUCAUCCAUCAAGUUCGAUUGAUGGCCAGCCCCAAAAAAUUGAUGCGACAUACCAAACCCUGUUUGUUAUCGCCGUCACAAACCAACAACUUUCUCCUGAAAAGCAAGCAUCAGAAGAGGUUGCCGCUGCCGCUGAGAAUUCACCAUCCGUAAUCCGAAGAAUUAAUGAUCUCUCAUCGCCGAAAGAUAAUCAACGGUCAUCUUCAUCAACGGCAGAGGAAAUCUGGCGUACCCCCCUGAUUUCGCUACCUCAGAAUCCCGCAAUUUCUGAUGGAAACCACAGUUGUCGAAAUCCCGCGACUUCAGCGUCAUCAACGCAGCAGACUCCCUCUAACCGGAUUGUUUAA